CAGAAACAUUGCUCAGAUCUUGUCCCUUGGGACCUUGGAGAACUUUUGGUGUGGAUGAUCAGGAUCUACCAAAGCAAGGUUUCUCAAACAACUGUGGGGUGUUUGUUUUGAUGUUUUUACACGACAUACAAUUCAUACAUCAAACUCCUGCAGAGCUGGAUGCUGAUGUGACAUACUGUGACUUCUUGGGGGGGGAUGUCUUCUACAUCCUGAAAUAUAUUCCUGGGGGGUGGUAUCAUUAUUUACUAUUAUCAUUAUUGUUGUUAUAACUAUCAAACUUAACAACCUACUCUUUCUUAACUUACAGUAUGUUCUGUACAUUGCAAUGGAAGCACAGUGAGAUUUCACUGAGGAAAACAUGCAGCAAAUUAUGCGACUGUGGUGCCUUGUUCUGCAGAACUUUCCCAUGUCGUUUGAAGAAAAGAGGUUGAAAGAUUGAAAAAGGUGGUCGAAAAGAAAACAUAAACACAAACACAUUACAGGUAGGUGUCAUAUGAUGAGUGGUAUAGUCUUAAACCAAUGUUUAAUGUCUUAAACCCUCCCUCCAAUAUAUUUCAGGUUGUAGUAGAAGAUGCCUCUUCCCCCCCCCCCCCCCCCCCCCCCCCCAGCAUGUCACGUCAGCAUCCAGCUCUACAGGAUCAGAUGAUACUGAAAACAAAAUGCACGGACAACUGGGAGCUGUGAACUGGCUAUGUAGUCUACUGAAGCAGAUGUUCUUCUAAGGGGCACCCUAGAGGCAGCAAGGUGGUGCGAACUCAACAUAUAAAGGCAUUGUUUCUUUCCAUAGUGUAAUUGGGAUGGACGGGGAAGACCUCAUUACAACCCUUAAAGAACUACGGUUAUAUGAUGGCCAGGAUGAAGAGGAAAAUAUUCUCCUCAAGGAACCAUUCAUGUUACAGAGAGAUUAUGAGAUGUUCUUUGUGGAGGCAGUUGACAACAAGAAAAUUACUGUCUUUGCCUCUUGAGGAGCAGGAGUGAAGCCAUUUUUGAGGAGAGGUCAAACCUUGUUUUUGUCUGCUGUUUUAAUUGUGUUAUGUGGUUUCGUAAAGAUGACGUAGAAGUCACCCGAGUCUCUGAUCUCUUUACUGGAGCUGGUAUAACUUAAAGUACAAAGCACAUUCAGCUUGUCUAUAUGGUAUAGUCUGUCUCCAUUCUCAUCGGGAAAGUAAAUAGCAUCAGGAUAGGUAGUGUGUGUGUGUGUGUGUGUGUGUGUAUUCAAUGAAAUAAUAUAAUUACAAAGUUAUAACACUUAUCAAUGCAAUUUUAACAGUAUAUGACAUACAUAACAAGUAUGUUCACUGCGACAAUAUCAGUAGCUUGUCUCAAAUAUAGCAUGAAGCAAAAAGUGUUACAACACAUCUGCUGGUACCACUUUAAAUAAUAUUUCUAAAUAUCUUUAAAAAUGAAUUACGUUUGUAUUGAACGUGUGCCUUGUGCAAACGUGUGUGUUUGUAUUCAGUGUGACAAAAAAAGGUGGGUGGGGUCAAGCUUUUGACUCCGCCCGUAUGGAGCCGGGCCUCGAUUUGCACACUGCAGUCAGGGAUACUCGGAGAAAUAUGCGCAGCUCGAAUGCUGCGUUCACAAUCAAGUGGGAGGUGGUAUUUACCACAAACGACUGGGAAAAUACACGAUGCGCAUCCAACUCGUAAUUAAUAGUGGGGAAACUCGUCUAUCAUGCCACGUUCAAAACACCUGGGGACUCGGAAAUCUCUGACUUCCGACUUUAGUGAGUUCAAAACAACUGGGAACUCUGGGGGAAAAACGAGCUCCGGCUGGGAGAGAUCAAUUUGAACGGUCACCCUACUCGGGGAAAUCGGGCCUCUUUCUAUAGCUUUCUGACCUGAAAAUUGCUGGCUUCCUGAUUUGACCUUGUAUUUUUCCCGAGUUCCCAGUUGUUUUGAAUGCGGCGUCAUCCUUCCGACUUCUCCCACAUGCGGACCUCAUGUCACCUACUAAGGAAAUUACCUCAAUAACAGCAUUUUCGGCAGUUAAAUGUAACAGCAAGACAUUAUAUGUACAUAAAAAGCAAUCUAUUAAUAGGGUUUUUGAACACUACCAGUUGUUUACAAGCAUAAUAGACAUACUUCUAGUUACUGGUUGACACAGUUUGUUGGCCAUCAGCCAAUCGGCGUUUCUCAACGCGUUCAAAGCAUAUGAAUGUAUUUACGACUUCACCACUGGUAAUUACUACCUUUCCUUUUGGUUAUGAAUGCAGCAUUAUUGCGUCUGACACAUGCGCUUGGACCAUUUGUGUGAAAACACUAGUGUUUUUUGUGGGCGUAACAUGGGCGGAUCCAAAAUACAGUACAUUUUGGCUCUGUUAGAUUACUUUGAAGAUGUAUCCAACCUUUCUUCCUCGAGGUUUACAUCUUCAUAUAUAAUGUAAAUCAAUGGUGCACACACGAAUCUGUUUGAAAGCGGAAAGGUGAAAGGAAGGAUUCAACAUAUAUAUCUCGCAGGUCUGUGAUUGCUCCAAUUAAUGUAUGGUUUGCUCAAAAGGAAGGACAUUAAACGUUUUUCAUUGGAGGCUACUGAAAGCUUCUUCACGCCUACUUUACAGAAACUCACCGUCUGCCUCUGAUUUGUGGUGAUCCAUGCAAGGUACACAAUGUCCACCUCUGAUCCAGUGGUUAGCGCUGCAGGUUCGGUGGUAUCGGACCCUCAACACUCUCAGAAACUUCUCAAGGCCCUUCGCUCAUUCUGGAUAGAACAAUGCUUCCAAGACGCAGUGUUAGUACUGGAAGGGGAAAAGAUUCCAGUCCAGAAAAACAUUUUGGCUGCGGCUAGUCCAUAUAUCAGAACAAAGCUGAACUACAACCCUCCAAAGGAAGAUGGAUCCAUGUACACCAUUGAGCUCCAGGGAAUCUCUGUCACUAUCAUGAAGCAGAUCUUGGACUACAUCUUUAGUGGGGAGAUCAGUCUGAGUGAGGACACCAUUCAGGACAUGGUCCAGGCCGCUGACCUGCUGCUCUUGACAGACCUGAAGUCCCUGUGCUGCCAGUUCCUGGAGAGCUGCAUUGCUGCAGAGAACUGCAUUGGGAUCCGGCUUUUCUCUCUACAUUACUGCCUUCACCAUGUUCACCAUGCUGCCACAGACUUCCUUCAGACACAUUUCUGUGAUGUGGCCGUCACAGAGGAGUUUAGGGAGUUACCUCCAGACCGGCUGUGCGAGAUCCUGUCGAUGGACAAGCUCAACGUGGGCAAUGAGAAACAUGUCCUGGAGGCUGUGGUGCGCUGGCUUGGCCAUGACCUGGAGGAACGGAGGGUGCACAUGAAAGAGGUGAUGUCAUCGGUGUGGAUCCAGGGGCUGGACCAGGGUUACCUGAGGGAGCAGAUGUUAGGAGAGCCCUUGAUGAGGGAGGUGAUCCGGGAGUACUGCAACGCUCCACUGGGGGGCGCAACACUGCAGGGCGAGGCUCUUUUAGCCGCCUUCAAACCUCGUGGCUACUCGGAGUGCAUUGUCACUGUAGGGGGGGAGGAGAGAGUAACGAGGAAGCCGUCAGCCAUGAUACGCUGCAUGUGUCCACUCUAUGACCCAAACCGCCAGCUGUGGAUCGAGCUGGAACCAAUGAGCAUUGGGCGAAUAGGGCAUGGGGUGCUGGCAGCAGAGGGCCAUCUCUUUGUGAUGGGUGGCAUGGAUGAAACCAAGACAGUCCUGAGCAGUGGAGAGAAAUAUGACCCAAACACAAACACUUGGACCCCCAUUCCUUCCAUGAAACAGGCGAGGCAGAACUUUGGUGUUGCUGAGCUGGAUGGGAUGAUCUAUGUGUUGGGAGGAGAGGAAGAGGACAUGGAGCUCCUGACUGUGGAGGUGUUCGACCCUCACUACAACACCUGGACAACCCAAACCAGCAUGACCAUGGUCCGCAAGGUUGGCUGCUAUGCCACCAUGAAAAAGAAGAUCUAUGCCAUGGGUGGUGGGUCAUAUGGAAAGCUGUACGACUCAGUAGAAUCUUAUGAUCCAAAGACCCAGCAGUGGACUGCAAUCUGCCCUUUGAAAGAGAGAAGGUUUGGCUCAGUGGCGUGUGGUGUGGGUCAGGAGCUCUAUGUGUUUGGAGGUGUGAGGAGCCGUGACUCAGACAACCCAGAAUCCAGCACCAUGACCACCUGCAAGUCCGAGUUUUUCCAUGAUGAGAUGAAAAGAUGGAUAUACCUGGACGACCAGAAUCUCUGUGUUCAGACCAGUUCCUCCUUUGUGUAUGGAGCUGUCCCCAUUGGAGUCAGCAUUUAUGUGGUGGGAGACCUAGACACUGGUACAACCUAUGACUAUGUGAGGGAAUUCCGUCGCAGCUCGGGGACGUGGCACCGCACCAAGCCCAUGCUGACAUCUGAUCUGUGCAAGACGGGCUGUGCAGCCCUGCGCAUCGCUAACUGCAAACUGUUCCGUCUGCAGCUGAAGCAGGGCCUGUUUAGACACAGGGUCCCAUCGUCAUAGAAAGCACCUAAAGGAGUGGCAUUGUCUCCACAUCUUUUGGCUUUGGGCACAGCAAUGGGACAUAAGAAUGGAGGUUGAAGAAGGGACCCUCCAAUGGGGAUGUUUGGAGUAUUUAUCUGCAUAUUUUGCUGACUUUCUUAGGGUUCAUGAGGGUAUUGUAUGUGCGAUCUUGCUUGAAGAGGGAUCACUUUUUAAACAUGGCCUUAUUUCAUUGCAAUUUAACAGUGGGAAUGAUUUGUAAAUACAUUUUACUGACAUUCCCCAUUUGCUUUUUAUGUUUACUACAUUUUUGCUGCUGCUUGGUGGGUUUUAGAGAAUGUAACACUAUUUUUAAGGGGUGAAAAGGAAGAAUUACAUUUUAGCAGACACGCUUAUCCAGAGCCACUUACAGGAACAAUUAGAUUAAAGUGCCUUGUUCAAGGGCACAUCUACAAAUUUUUCACCUAGUCGGCUCGGGAAUUUAAACCAGCGACCUUUCACUUAACCACUAGGCUCCCUGCCGCCUAGUAGUACUGUAAUUUGUAAUCACUUAGCCUGUCAUUUUUAAGGAAAAUCUAGACCCAUGUCUAACACUGUAUUUUUUUUGUUAUGAGUCAGUGAAUGUCAACUAGAGAUGCAUAACUAGAUUCACAAAAGGACAAAUGCUGUUUUUGGCCUAUGACAACUAGAGAUACACAAGGAGACUUAUAAAAUAACAUGUGGUUUUAGUUGUUCCCUUAGCUAAGGGACUUGUGGCCUAUAAAAUAAUCUUUACUCAAAAUCUUAACUUAAAAUAGACUGUCUAAAUAGACAGUUUAUAGUGCUUAAUGCCAAAAGCUGGAGCAUAGCACAUAUUUCAAUGGUUACUGGUGAUAUACUGUAUACACUGAGUGUAUAAAACAUUAGGAACACCUGCUCUUUCCACGACAGACUGACCAGGUGAAAGCUAUGAUCCCUUAUUGAUGUCACCUGUUAAAUCCACUUCAAUAAGUGUAGAUGAA